AUGCCCGUCAAGCCGAGGAAGCAGGUGGGGGGCUUCUCGCUAGAGUCCAAGCCUCUCGUGAAGCCGGGGAGCCCCUACCACACCGCCCUGCCGUUCAGGACCGUGCUCAUCCUCGCCCUCCCGAUGGGGCGCGUGGAGCUGCCUUACGGCCGGCGCCUGAUCGGGCGCCUGCCCUCGAAGCUCUGCCACUAUGGUCUCGCAACUCCCCUCGACCUCAGUUGGACGCUGGCCGGCCUGAGCACCCUCUGCCCGAAGCUGCUCGCCGAGGCGGUCUCCGAGAAACUGGCGAGGCAGAGCCGGGCGGCGGGGAGCCGUAGCUCCUCGGGCCUCCCAUCCGUGGCCCUCGACGCUCGUCGGUGCCUCGACGCCGCUCUCCUUGGCGACCUCGGUCCUGUGAUCGCUGGCCGCGGCCACGCCGCCCUCGAGCGCUGCCUCCCGUUCCUGCUCGUGAACGUGGCGCCGUUCUCCUGGGCCGUGGGGUCCGACUGGGAAAGGCUUGGUGAGCGCCUCCAGGGCCUCGUCGGAGAGGUGCGGAUCGGGGUGGGCCUCCAGGCCCAGCGCCCCAUCUGCUUGCCUGAGGGUGCCUUCGAAGUGUCCGAGAACAGAGCCUUCGGUGCCAAUCCCAAGUCCGUCCAGCUCCUUGAUGAGGUCUGA